AUGACUGAUAAAAAUUUCUUAUUAAAUAAUGAUAUGACACAAAGUAUAUCACUUGAUCCAUCAGCACUUUUAACAACAUCAACAAUAAAUGCAUUACAUUUUCCUGAUUUAACAACAUCUGGAAUAUCAGAUUCUGGUGGUGGUAAUGGUAGUCGAGGAAUGAAAUUAAAUCUUGAUGGUAUUGGUAUGUGUGAAUCAAUGACAGAAAGUUUUUGUUCAAUAAAUGAACAAGAUGAAUCAAAUACGGGUAAUAAUAAUAUCAAUGGCCUUCAAAAUGAUAUAACAAUAAAAACUAAUUUAAAAAAUAUUGGUAAAAAAGAAUCAUUAAAUACACAAAAAAAACGUCGUUCACGUAAAGCACAAUAUGAUGCAUCAAUAGAUGGUUUAUCACUUGAUCAAAUUGAAACUGUUCAUGUUGAUGAUGAACAUAAUGAACCUGAUGAUGCUUGGUUAUUUCAAGUACCAGGAGGUGAAAAUAAAAAUAAUUCAACAUCAGAUAAUAUUUUUUCAUGGGUACAUAAAGAAUUUAAAGAAAAUGAUAUUAAUGCAACUAAACAUCGACUACUUUGUAAACUUGAUGAUAUGGCACAUGCUCGUACAAUACGAAGUGUUUCAUGUCAUAAUUUUAUUCCUAAUCAAACAUUAGAUAAUUUUAAACGAAGUUCAACAGAACAACAAGUUCAUCCAGGUAUAAAUCUAAAUAAUGAAAAUAUAUUUAUUUUACAUCCUCAAAUAUCUUCAUCGGAUUUAAUUGAAAAUGCACUUUAUCUAACUGAAAUUUUUACAUUAACACAAAAAAAAUUAUAUUUAUCAACAAUAAGUUUAGAUAGUAUAGAAAAAGAUAAUGAUCAAUUUGAUUUAUUUCUAUAUGAUUCACUUAAUGAUGAAUCAUCUGAUGAUGAUGAUAAUGAACAAUUUUAUGAUUGUUCAAAUGAUACAACUUUAAUUCAAACAAUUACUAAUGAAUGUCGAUUAAUUGAACAAUUAACACGUCGUUGUUCAUCAUUGGAUAGUCUUGAUAAUUAUGAUAAUAAAUUAUCUCAUUGUAGUAAACCUGUAACAAAUGGUAGUCGAAUGAUAUCACCAUUACGUACAAGUACACCUAUAUUUAAUAAUAGUGGAAAUACUCGACCAACAUCACCAGCUAGUUCAUCACCACUUCGACAUACAAUUACACUUACAAAUAAUACUGUACGUUCAAGAGACGUUUCAAAAGAACGUGAAAGAGAACCAUUAGAUUAUACUGAUCUUGAAGUAAUGGCUAAAGUACAACUUGAAAAUUUACGUCAAGCUGAACGACAAGGUCCAUUAUCAAAACGUUUCGGAGGCAGUUCAAAUACUUUAAUAACUACAGAUUCACGUGAUGUUUCACCAUCAUCCGUUUUUGGUGGUACACGUAAUACAAGUCCUGUUGGUAAUAAUGGUUAUUUAACACCCAGACGUGGUUAUUCACCUAAUCCGGCUAGUAAUGUCGGUGGACGUAUACCAAUACGAAAAAAUUCAUUUGUUGUAACUGAAUCUCAAUAUACAGAUGUAUUACCAACAGUUUCACCACGAUCAACAUCACCUGCUAUAAGAACAGGUCAAUGGAGUGGUCGUGUGACACCAUCUGCACUUGAAACUUAUCAACAUGGAAAUAAACCUCCUGUUGUACCUAAAUCAGCUAUAGCAAAAAAUGGUGUUAAACCAAAUAAUCAUCGUCGAUCUAAUACACAAACAAUAUCAACAAAUAUAUCUAAUGGUUAUAAUUUACCUGAUGUUACCGAUACAAAAUCAUCAACAUCAAUUAAUCGUACAAAUACUACUAUAUCAACAAAUUCAUCAACAACAAAUCGAUUACGUCCACCUGUAUCUCGACCAUUACAAAAUUAUCGUGGUUCACAAACAUCAUAUAAUAAUAAUAAUAAUAAUAAUAAUAAUCCAAAAGUUCAAUCAACAUUACAAAAACCUAUUAAAAAAUCAACAAAUGAUUUUGGUACAACAUAUACAGCUAAACAAUUAGCAUCAAAUGAUAAUAAUUUAUUAAAUGAUGUAAGUAAUAAACCAUUAACAACAACAAAUCGUUCACAAAUUGUAUCACAACGACGUAUACCAAUACAAUCAUCAUCAAUAGAAAAAUUUCCACCAUCAUCAUCAUCAAUGGAUAUGACAACAACAUUAGUAAAUAAUGGACAAACAUCUAUUCCACGUAGUUCAUCAUCAUUAAGUCAAGGUAGAAAAAGUGGUAUACCAACAAUUGGUAAACAACAACGACCAAGUAUUCCAACAGCGACUACACGAACAACAUCAACAAAUGUUAUUCCUUCAUCUCAAUCAUCAGAUAGUAUGAUGAUAAAUAGAAAUAUUCGAACACCAACAUCUAUAACUCGACCACAAAUUCCCGAUAAUAUGUCACCAACAUCAUCAUGGAAUGAAGGAUGUUAUUAA